CCAAUCGGAGCACGGCAGUAGUAAUUGGAGAAAAUCAGUGAGACUUGGAUACCUGCACUUGGACUAUUGUUCUCUUGUACACCCAACGGCGGUAUUAUUGUGCAGCACUCGACAACGAGGACUGCCCUUGUCAGGAGACUCACACCAAGUGUGCUGACGAGGCUGCAUAGUCUGAAGACGGCAUGUCCGGGGUGUGAACAGGGAGAACGCUCUUGUCCUCUUCCUCCGGCCUCUGGCUCGACUGUACACGUUGAGCCCUCGCUAUGGUAUCCCUCCGACCCAGCGCCCCAGCGGCGGCGACGCUGCGAGCCUCCGCAAACCCACCCAUUCGUGUGCAAUGGCUGCCGCAGAAACGAAGCUUCCGCCAGAACACCAAGCGACGGCAAGAAGUGUUUCACUCGCAACUCGAAGACUCUAAUGCCGCUGCGAUCCUGUCCUCCCUGAAGACCUCGCCGAGAGUACCGCAGACGUUGACGGAAAAGAUCGUCCAGCAAUAUGCGGUCGGAUUAGCGAAAGACAAAUACGUAAAGUCGGGUGAUUACGUGACGAUAUCACCGCACCACUGCAUGACGCACGACAACUCGUGGCCUGUCGCCCUCAAGUUCAUGUCCAUUGGGGCAAAAAGCCUCAAAAAUUCCAAGCAGAUCGUGAUGACGCUGGACCACGAUGUGCAGAACAAGUCAGAGAAGAACCUGACCAAAUACCGACAAAUAGAGGAGUUUGCGACGAAGCAGGGCGUUGAUUUCUACCCUGCGGGACGGGGUAUCGGGCAUCAGAUCAUGGUGGAAGAGGGCUACGCGUGGCCGGGGACCAUGGUCGUUGCAAGCGACAGCCACACCAAUAUGUACGGCGGAAUUGGGUGUCUCGGAACACCUGUGGUGCGGACAGAUGCUGCCAGUAUCUGGGCGACCGGACGGACGUGGUGGCAGAUCCCGCCAGUCGCGAAGGUCACGUUCACAGGCACUCUUCCAAAAGGCGUCACUGGAAAGGAUGUGAUUGUCGCCCUCUGCGGGCUCUUCGACAAGGACGACGUGCUAAACCACGCCAUCGAGUUCGUUGGAUCAGAAGAAACCAUGCGUAGUCUACCCGUCGAUUCCCGGUUGACCAUUGCAAAUAUGACUACCGAGUGGGGUGCGCUUACUGGCCUAUUCCCUAUUGAUAUAAUGACUCAGGGAUGGCUCAGAGCCAAAGCGACCAUGGCAGCGCUAGAUUCGUCCGAAGGUCGGUCUGGAAAUGAAAGGUUCUCACACUCCAGGCUUGAUCAGCUGUUCGAGUCGCAGCUCUCGGCUGACAAGGGAGCGCAAUACGCAAAAUAUCUGCACCUCGACCUCAACACGCUGUCACCGUAUGUUUCGGGCCCUAACUCUGUCAAGGUUGCCACGCCACUGGACGUUCUCGAAGGUCAAGACAUCAAGAUCAACAAAGCUUAUCUGGUGUCAUGCACCAAUUCACGAGCCUCGGAUCUUGCAGCAGCUGCCAAGGUUUUCAAAGACGAAGCCGAAAAGAGCGGUGGUGGAAUCCCAAAGAUCGCAAACGGUGUCCAGUUCUACAUUGCAGCAGCAUCGACUCCAGAACAACAAAUCGCAGAAGAUGCGGGCGACUGGCAGACGCUUGUCGAUGCUGGCGCCAUCACGUUGCCAGCAGGGUGCGGCCCUUGUAUCGGGCUCGGAACGGGCCUGCUUGAGCCGGGCGAGGUCGGAAUCAGCGCGACUAACAGGAAUUUCAAAGGCCGCAUGGGAAGCACCGACGCUAAAGCCUAUCUGGCAAGUCCCGAAGUGGUCGCAGCUAGCGCGCUGUCCGGCAAGAUCAGUGGGCCUGGUUGGUAUGAAAAGCCUGAUGGCUGGACCAGUGUGGUCCGAGGCGAGGGCGACGGCAUCAAAGAGGAAGAUCGGAUGAUCACUGCGGAUGAAGCCUUCCAAAAAAUCAUCAACCAGCUGGAUGGCAUCAUCGAAUCUGCCGAAGGAGAACUCGGUAGUAGUGAACAGACUACUAGCGAAGCUUCGGCAGGCUCGACUGAAGUUUACCCAGGAUUCCCAGAACGUGUCGAAGGAGAGAUUGUUUUCUGUGAUGCGGACAACAUCAACACCGACGGCAUCUACCCUGGGAAAUACACGUACCAGGACAACGUACCUGUUGAGAAAAUGGCCGAGGUAUGUAUGGAGAACUACGAUCCCGAGUUUUCGUCGAUGGCGAAGGCUGGAGACAUUUUGGUUUCUGGUUUCAACUUUGGCUGCGGCAGCUCUCGCGAGCAAGCCGCCACUGCGAUACUUGCCAAGAAGAUUCCACUGGUCAUCGCCGGCAGCUUCGGCAACAUUUUCUCUCGCAACAGCAUUAACAAUGCCUUGAUGGGCCUGGAGGUGCCCAAACUUAUUCAACGACUGCGAGAGACUUUUUCAGAGGAACCCCACAAAGAAGCAGACAGUCAUGUCACGGAGCCAGUGGGCAAUAAAGAAGACCAACAGAGUCUGGACUCGCCACCACCGGCAGUAACGACUCCACGGGAGAAACAGUUGUCCCGUCGGACGGGAUGGACCUUGGUGUGGGAUGUUAAAAAGUCUCAGAUCGAGGUUUGCGAAGGCCCGAACGGGAAGACGUGGACGGAAAAGGUAGGCGAGCUCCCACCGAAUGUGCAAGAAAUCAUCGCCAAAGGCGGACUGGAGAAGUGGGUGCAGAAAGAGAUCGCAGCUUCAUGAGUCUGCUUUCAGCAAUGGGCCAUGACUUCGCUACUAGUGCAGGUCGGCCAAAGAUUUUGUAUUUGUUCGCUUAUGUAUACCCUAGCAAAAGCCUUCUGAGAUCACUGCUAGUAUGAAAUUCCGUGCUAUCAAGACGAGGCUGUCUUCCUUGGAGUUGCUCUCGAAAGCAUCGUGUACGAUUGCCUGGUCACAAAGCCGCCUAGGAACUACGGCUGUUCCGGACCUCGGAGGUGCUGCUGAAAGAGAGCAAGCUU